AAGGACUAGGGAGCAUUUGCUAUUGUAGUAUAGCCUUAAGCAAGAUCCAUCGUCACCAUGGCACAAACCAUUGGAGCUUCAGGUGCCACUCAUCUGAUCAAAUCUCAGCUUCGAGGCCCCUUUGACCAUGAUGACUCUCAAAUACUUGAAAAAGUUUACAUCACCCACCUUCAUGAUGAUAAAAGUUGUGAUACUGGAAGUCUUUACAACAUUGUUACCAAUGUUCUUACUAAGAAUGGCAGAGCUGCUCCUGUGACUGGUUUUCAACAACCAGAUUUUCGGACACUCAAGCUGAUUUCUUGUCAGAUGAUAAAAACUCCUGGUGAAGAGAAGUAUGUGCACCAAACAACAAUGUGGAUAUUGCAGCAACUGAAGGCGUAUUCAUGGGACGCAAAGGCAGUAAUAACUGUGGCUGCAUUUGCUUUGGAGUAUGGGAAUCUUGUGUACCUUAAAGAGAUAAAUCAAAGCAGCGUGGACCAGGUUGCAAACUCACUGAAGCAACUAAACCAAGUGGAAAGCAGGAGUGUGAGUAAUGAAGCUACCAAGUUGGUGAGUGUGGUUCUGGAAGCACUUCAUCACGUGAUAGAAUGGGCAAAAUGGUCUUCUAAUGGCUAUGACACUGAGGAUGUUCCUUCUUUGUCUCGUGCAUUGCAAGAGAUCCCAUUUAUUGUCUAUUGGACAAUUGCUUCCCUUGUUGCCUGUACUGCCAACAUUGUUGUUGCCUCGGACUAUGCAUUGUCAAAAUUCACAGAAAAGCUUUAUUCAUUUGAUGAAAGUCUGAAUCGACAUCUGACAUCGAGCCGGGAGGAAAUUGCUGCCCUUGAUGAUUACCAGAGGCGUUGGAAGAGAUUUUACAAUCCUAAAGAUGUCGUGGAACUCUUGAAGCUUCUCGUCCACCGCACUGGAACGCCGCUUCCACAAUUAUUUGAUGGCACCACCAAAACCAAAUUCGAUAUUGAUAUCUUGAGGGGUAACAAUGUGCUACUAUUUAUUUCAAGUUUGGACAAGAUUGAAGAUGAGAUUCAGCUUUUGAAUUCUCUGUAUCUUAGACUGGAAUCGCAUCCAAAUGAUGUAGUAAAAACCUUUAGGAAAGGUGAUUUCAAGAUUUUAUGGGUCCCAAUUGUGAGAGAAUGGGACGAUGUGCUCAACAAUAAAUUCACCCGCCUGAAAAACCAUAACAUCAAAUGGUAUGCAUUGGAACAAUCCACCACCUUAGCAGAUGCUGGCUUAAUUAGAGAGAGAUUGAAUUACCGGGGAAAACCUAUUGUCACGGUGUUUGAUUCUUCUGGUCACAUACUUAAUGAAGAUGCAAUGGACUUGAUCUUUCAAUGGGGGAUUGAUGCAUUCCCAUUCAGGAAAGAAGAUGGUGAUGAACUUGUUAAGAAAUGGAAGUGGUUCUGGGAUGUUACAAGGAAAGUCAACCUUGGAAUUCAGGAGGUGAAAGGGGACAGGUAUAUUUUCAUCUAUGGUGGUGGUGAUAGCAAGUGGAUGAAUAACUUCACAUUUGCAUUGGAUAAGUUGAGAAAGCACGAAACUAUCACAGGCAUAGAUGCUAUAAUAGAGCACUACCAAUUGGGAAAGACAGAUCCAAAGGUGGUUCCUCGUUUUUGGAUUGAAAUAGAAAGCAAGAAACUGAAGAAGCACGAGGGUGCCUUAGAUUGUGAGAUACAAAGGAUAGUGAAGAGCUUGCUCUGCCUCAAACAAGAUCCACAAGGAUGGGUUAUUCUCACCAAAGGGUAUAAUGUGAAGGUUUUGGGUCAUGGCGAACCCAUGUAUAAAACUGUGGAGGAGUUUGACAAGUGGCAAGACAAAGUGCUUCAAAAAGAAGGAUUUGACAUUGCUUUCAAAGAGUACUAUGAUAUUAAGCUCAAAGAGUUUGAAGCUCUUCAGCCAUGUUCGGUUGUCAAUGUUGAUGACUAUAAUGCAAAUGUCAUAGCUACCAUAACAUGCCCAAAUCCCACUUGUGGUCGGGUCAUGGAGGUCACUUCUGUUAAUUACAAGUGUUGCCACCGUGAUGCUUCAGCUUAGUGUGACUGCCAAGAUCUGAAUCUUCAAAUUCCUCUCUGAGUUUGAUAUUGGACAAAUUAAAACUUUAUAUAUGGUUAUUGUAAUUUUCUAUUUAGUUUCUAUGUUUGUGUUUAAGUCGAGACAAGAUGAGUGUUUGGUGCCAUACAAUAACUUGACGUACCCCUUUUGGAGAAUGGGUAGAAAAUAAGUAACGGCUUCGCUUUAUCUUGUUUGUUAUUAUUGAAUUUAAUAAAAUUAGCAUUAUUAUA